AUGAAUGGUUUGGAUUCAUCGCCGGUACAGAAUGUACAGAACGGUAGUCUUCAUAACAGCAACUCAUCGGUCCAGUCGUUGGGCGCCGCCGAGGACUCCAAGACUAAUCUUAUCGUCAAUUAUUUGCCCCAAACGAUGACACAGGAAGAGAUCCGAAGCCUAUUCUCAUCGAUCGGUGAAGUCGAGUCGUGUAAACUGAUUCGCGAUAAAGUCACCGGCCAAAGCUUAGGAUACGGUUUUGUAAACUAUGUGCGACCAGAAGAUGCCGACAAAGCCAUCACUACAUUGAAUGGACUCCGGCUUCAGAACAAGACAAUAAAGGUGUCGUUCGCGCGGCCGAGCAGUGAAGCGAUCAAAGGGGCGAACCUCUAUGUGAGCGGUAUUCCCAAAGCUAUGACCCAACAGGAGUUGGAGGCGCUGUUCUCUCCGUACGGACGUAUCAUCACAUCUCGUAUUCUCUGUGAUAACAUCACAGAUCGUGCCCUCUAUGCUGAAGUCUGUUCGUCUACAGGUCUGUCCAAAGGAGUAGGUUUUGUGCGAUACGACCAACGCGUUGAGGCCGAGCGGGCGAUCAAGCAUUUGCACAAUACCAUACCCGAGGGCUCGACCGAACCCAUAACCGUCAAAUUCGCCAAUAAUCCCAGUAAUAAUGCAAAAGCGUUGGCGCCGUUGGCCGCCUACCUGUCACCGCAGCGCCGCUUCGCCGGUCCCAUUCACCACCCGGCAAAUCGGUUCAGGUACAUACCUAUGUCACCGGUCUCC